AUGAGAAUCGAGACGUGCUAUUUCUGCUCGCAGCCCUGCUACCCGUCAAAGGGUAUCACCUUUGUACGCAACGAUGCUCGCGUUUUCCGCUUCUGCAGAUCAAAAUGCCACAAGAACUUCAAGAUGAAGCGUAACCCCCGCAAGCUGGCCUGGACAAAAUCCUUCCGUCGCGCACACGGCAAGGAGAUGACCGUCGACAGCACCCUCUCCUUUGCUGCCCGCCGCAACGUCCCCGUCCGCUACAACCGCGACCUCGUUGCCACCACUCUCAAGGCCAUGCAGCGCGUCUCGGAGAUCCGCGCCAAGCGCGAGCGCCAGUUCUACAAGAACCGCAUGCGCGGCAACAAGGAGCGCGACCUCGAGGCCGACCGCAAGCUCGUCGCAGAGAACCAGCACUUGCUCCCCCCUGCCGAGCGCGAGGCCGCACAGAAGCUGCUCGAGGACGAGAGCGAGAUGUUGGAUGUUGUCGACGAGCUGGACGAGGAAGAGGAGGAGGAGUUGGAACAGCAAAAGUUGGCCCAGCAGAAGCUCAAGGCAAAGAAGAAGCAAAGACUGGUCAGAGGCUCUGGACCCGAAGACAUGGAUGUCGACGCAUAA